UUCAACUGCUUCAGGUGCUUGCAAACCCUGGCGCAAAACCCUAGAUUUUUCAUUUCUUUAUCCUGCGUUUCGACUUUAGCGGACACAGGAUUUUCAGGCGCUUUCAGUGGACGAUCCUUUAAAUAAUCUGCCAUUAUUUUAUUUCCAUCUCCUCGCAAUUAUUUACACAUGGCCGCACAUGUUUGCACAAACUUCUGCAUCUCGUGACGCUCGAGACCAUAUCUUUCUAGGGUUUCAUUUUCUGCUACUUUAAUGGCGAUGACUCACCUUCAUUUUCUCCUCCUCCUGUCUUUUCGUUACCUAAAGCGAAUACAGGAGCGAUUGGGUAUCGUGCAGUCGAGGGAGAGAUUCCCGAGACCAUGGACGCUGAUACCACGUCUGUCACAGGCAGACUUGGAUAUUAUUGAGAGAUGCAGAUUGACCUCGCUUCUGGAUAUGUCGCGGUUCACUGUGAACCGGGGACUGUUGACAGCAUUGGCAGAGAGGUGGCAUAGCGACACGAACACCUUUCAUUUUGCUGCUGGAGAGAUGACCGUGACACCAGAGGACUGCUAUCGUAUUCUGCGCAUUCCUGUGGUAGGAGCCAUAUUACCGUAUGAGCAGACAGAGGAGGGCAGCACAGAGGCACUGCGCCGUAUACUCCAUGAUGAGAGUGUCUGCGGCUAUGAGAUCCCUUGGCAGGAGUUUUUGGAUUUAGACUAUGCACCGCUGCCAUCUGUAUUGGCAGGAUUCAUUGGAGGAUUCCUUUGUCUUGAUCGCAGGUCAAAGAGAUUUUCAGUAGGAUGGGGGCUGGUCUUGGAGCAGAUGGUGACACAGGGGCGGAGAUUUGCAUGGGGGUCAGCGAUGUUGGCCCAUCUUUUUAGGAGCUUGCAUGAGGUAGUAUACCUCGGUUAUGGGAGUUUAUCAGCAGGUGUUACCCUAUUACAGGUAUGGUGCUGGGAGCACAUCCCAGUAGCGAGGCCAUUGACAGACAGAGAUAGGCCCGUAGGCGCAGCAUACGCCUAUGGAUAUAGAGGCCUAGUUGUCCAGCGUAAGCUGGGCAAACUAGAGCACUGGAGGAGAGUUUUUGAUGACAUAGAUACGGUCAUUUGGAGACCGUAUACAGGUUGUGAGGUGUGGGCAGAGGAUGGGAUAGAGAUGCCGUUCGUUUUUAUGACGAGGUAUCUAAUUGGGAGGACUCCGUUUGUUAUUGAGCGGUUUGUGGUUACUCGAGUUUUGCGGCAGUUCGGGAGGCAGCAGGGGAUUCCACAGGGAGCGUGCUUGUAUGCACGGCGGCAGCAGGAUGUGGCCGCUUGGGGGCCGACUAUUGAUAGUGUCGUGGCUAUAGAGGAGUUUACAGGGUUAGCUGGAUAGGUCUGGGACUAUGCCCCAAAGAUACAGGAUGCCGGGAUGACAGAGGAGUUCGCUCGUUUGUUUACUGCGUGGGCAGUGGCGAGGAUCUCAGAUCCCGAGGAGAUGAGGCCAGCAUUUGAUUCAGAUGGAGAGGAGGGGGGAGAUGAUGGAGAUGACAGAGACGAUGGAGAUGAUGGAGGAGGUAGAGGAGCCAGGGGGAGGCAGGGUGGCAGAGGUGUGCAGCGGGCGGUACGGCAGGGUAGGAUUGAGAGGGGGAGAGGAGGUUUGGCCAUUGGAGCCGGGAGAGAGGGGAGAGUGACAGAG